CUUGCGACUCAGCCACGACGACUCGCGUUCUCAGCCUUCCUCAUCGUCCAACCUCAAACUUCUGCAGCUCUGCAAUUAGAAAUUGCUUAGACAUCGCUUAGAAGGCGUUGAAACUAUGCCUGCAUUCCAAAACCCGCAAGCUGGAGCCCAGAAGCGAAAGUCUGACUUCCACGAUCCAAACUCUGCCAAUCGUAAACGGCAAGCGGUAGGGUCGACGAACGAAGGUUGGGUCGGAGGAGGCUCGUCGAAGGAGGUGUACUGGAUGGUACAAUGGCGAGCGCCGCAGUACAAGAAACACAAGACCUGGGAUGGCGAUGCAGUCAUGCAGGUCAUGGGCAAUUCAUGCAACCUGUUUGAUAUGGAGGGCAAACAGUUCUUGAGCGGACCGCUUCAUGGCAUCGAGUCUGCAAAUGCGCUCGCCACAGGAGUCAAUCUUAGAGUCGGGAACAAGGAGCUCGAAGUAGAUCACGUUGUCUCACGUCCGGACUUCAUGUCAGGAAAGUGCUUCACGAACGGACGUGCAGAUUGUUCUUCCCCUGUCGUCUCAUCAGUAUCUGGGGCUAUUCCGAAGCCUUAUGCGCCUCUCAGACCCAAGUUGAUGAAUGACUUCAAGACUCCGAGCAGAGUCACCGAUUCUGUUCCAUCCAGAAAAGCGAUCGAACUGGAAGCCGUCGACUUGGUCAAGGGUGACAGAUCGGCCUCCAAGGGCAAAGCACAGGAUUCAUUCUGGACCGCGAAUUGGCGGAAGCCACAGCAGAAGAAGCAUAAGACAUGGGACGGGGACGCAUAUGUGAGCCUUCGAGCAGAGAAGAUAACCCUCAUAUCCGAAAAGGGCAUGAUCGUCGGCGCAAAGAAGUGGGACGGGCUUCCACUGUACAGUGGAUACUCAACAUUCAUCGGCGGAAGAGAAGUCGAGCUUGACAGCCAAAUAUCCGAGGCCGAACUGCCGACAAUUGUCGGCUCAUCCAUCGAAGCCACUUUGAACCCUGAGCUUGAGAGUCCGCCGCAAACACCAGCUCAGCCUUCCUUCCUGGUCACCUCGAGGAGAGAUUCCGCAGAUACGAGCAGUAGUCCAUCCACGAACUCGCCCGCGGCGCUGAAGAAGUUCGUCCCACCAACAUCAUUCUACGGGAAGGCGCCUGCAAAGCCGAAAGCAAGAGGACCUUUGCACGACCCGAACGCCGAGGGGGCAAUCGUGAUGAAAGCUCCGACGAAGGAACAUGCCGCGAAACAUAACAAGAAGAAUCUACCGACUGUCGAGGUCGUCAUUGACCCCAUUCUGGCCAGACGUCUCCGUCCGCAUCAAGUUGAAGGGGUGAAAUUCUUGUAUGAAUGCGUGAUGGGCUUGCGCAAACACGAAGGCCAGGGGAGCAUCUUAGCCGAUGAAAUGGGUAUGGGUAAAACACUACAAACAAUUGCCCUGUGUUGGACUUUGCUUAAGCAAAACCCAUAUGCGGGCGCGGGUCCGGUCGUCGGAAAGAUACUGAUUGUGUGCCCAGUGACGCUCAUCAAUAACUGGAAGAACGAAUUUCAUAAAUGGCUGGGAAGGGACAGGGUAGGCGUGAUGGUGGGGGACAAGGACAAGGCCUCGAUCAAGCAUUUUGUGAAUUCGAAGAUACACCAGGUGUUGAUCAUUGGUUACGAACGCCUGCGGACGGUGAUCUCCGACCUGGCUUACUGCAACCCACCCAUUGGUCUCAUCAUAUGCGACGAAGGCCAUAGACUGAAAUCUGCGAACAACAAGACAUCGACGAUGUUUGAGGCGCUCAGGACACCGCGUAGAAUCAUUCUCUCGGGAACUCCCAUUCAAAAUGAUCUUGGGGAAUUUCAUGCAAUGGCUGAUUUCUGCAACCCUGGACUACUCGACGAUUAUAAUACGUUCCGCCGCGUCUACGAGACGCCGAUCCUGAAAAGCCGAGCGCCCGGUUGCUCAGCGAAAGAAACUGAGUUGGGCGAAGCGCGGUCCGCACAGCUAUCUGCCAUAGCGCGCAGCUUCGUACUCCGGAGAGAGGCUACCAUCUUGAAGAAGUACCUUCCACCAAAACACGAAUAUGUCGUCUUUGUCACCCCUACCAAGCUACAGCUCGCGAUCUUCAACAAGAUUCUAUCCGCUGACAAGUUGGACAAUCUUGUCCGGAACUCGACCGCCGAGUCGCUAGCGCUGAUCAACAUGUUGACAAAGAUCAGCAACAGUCCAAUCCUCUUGAAGGCGACGCUCGACCAGGCCAAGAACAAAGCUGGCAAUGGAGACGCUAUCAAAAUGAAGGCCAUCGAGGAGGCUGUGACUCUGCUUCCCAACAAGGCCAGAGUGGAGGAUGUCUCCCUGAGCGGCAAGCUGACCGCUCUUGCUACACUUCUUCGAGUGCUGCGUGAGCGAACGGAUGAGAAAUGUAUCAUCGUAUCGCACUACACGUCGACCUUGAACAUUGUGGAGGCAUUCUGCAGAAGCAAGAACUAUUCGUAUAAUCGGCUGGAUGGACAAACACCGCCCCCGAAGAGGCAGGAGUACGUCAACGAAUUCAACAAGGCACCCCAGGCGAAGAGAUUUGUCUUCCUCUUGAGCUCGAAGGCAGGAGGUGUAGGCCUAAACCUGAUAGGUGCUUCUCGACUAGUCCUCAUUGACUCGGACUGGAAUCCGAGCCAUGACUUGCAGUCUAUGGCUCGUAUUCAUCGCGAUGGCCAGAAACGACCUGUCUUCAUCUAUCGCUUCUUGACCGCUGGUGCGAUUGACGAGAAAAUCUAUCAGCGACAGGUAACCAAGCUGGGGUUGAGCGAUUCACUUAUGGGCAACGGCGCAGAAUCAUCAAAGUCUGACUCAUUCACCCGUAAAGACUUGCAAGACAUCUUCACGAUCUAUCCACACACGGCGUGUCAUACGCACGAUCUUCUGGAAUGUCCCUGCGAAUCGUCUGGAGGGAAGAUCAACGUAAGCGCCGAUGAAGACCGCGGUGAAGCGACCGAUGGGGAGAGUGAUGAAGAGGAGCAACAUAUGCAAUUCAUGGCGGCUUCGCAAGUGAGACCAGAGCAGAUGAACAAGCCUGACAAAGCAUACCUCAAACAGAAGAAGGCACAGUUGGCUGCACUUGGCGAAUGGACCCACAUCCACUGUCUCCGACGGAACGCGCGUGAACUGAUACAAGACGACGUCUUGUCGGAGAUGCUGUAUUCAAAGCCCUCAAACGCGAAACCGGGUUCAACAGCGAGUCAGUCACGCCUAGAACGGAUAUUGGAAGCCGUUGAUCUGGAGACAGUGCUGGCGGAGAGUGGCCCCGAUCCGACAGUAGACGAAGUCCCAGGAGGGACUGUAUCGUUCCUAUUCGAAAGGGGCUCGAAGGCACUUGUAGAUGAAGAUGAAGAACAGCCGGAUGAUGACAGCCAGACUCACGCGUAGAACUGAUCAAGAUCAUCUGCUUAGACUGGCCUUGGCUAGAAUGGACAAGCAUCUGGAGGCCAUACACAAUUUCCACUACUUCAAUGCAGCAUUGCCAGCGUAAUACAUACAUCAUACUGCUUUAGUUAUACGUGAACGAUGCGUGCACUGUCUCUGAGAGUUGAUGCAGUUAUGUGUCAUGGUCCUUCAGCGUGCUUCCUGC